UACAAUUACUUAAAUUUUAUCAUGAGAUAUAAAAUUUUAAAAUCGGAUAUGGGUCGAAACAAGAUGCUUUGUUGACUAGGGAGACAUCGAUCGAAAGAAAUUAUUCCAAGUUUAAUAUCUAAGGCACAUUAAUUUCGUAAAUUAUAUUUUAGUGAAAAAAAGUGAAAGAGAACAGAUAAACUUUCACUGAUACUAUAUUCACUUCUGACAAUGCCACCUGAUUCUAAAAAGGAAGAAUUCAGAAAAUAUUUGGAAAGAGCAGGCGUUAUGGAUGCUCUUACAAAAGUGCUUGUGUCUUUAUAUGAAGAACCAGAAAAACCAGAUGAUGCUUUAGAAUAUAUUCGUCUACAUUUAGGAGGUAUUACAGAAGUUGAUGUGGAAGUGAAACUAUUAAAGGAAGAACUGGAAGAAGCUAAAUCUAAGAUCACAGAGUUGAAGGCAAAGUUGGUGAAAUAUGAAGCAGACGAAGGAAUAGAAUAAUUUAAUCUCAAAGUUUUAGACAACAACAAAAUACUAGUCCCUAUUGGACAUUGACUUUCAUAGAAAGUCAGACUGACUAUGUGCCUUAAAAUAGAUAUAGCAAAUCUUGUCCAAGACAAUUUAAAACAUAAGAUAAAUUAAGUUUCAUUCGUGCAAAUUCCAUUAGUUAUAAGCAUAUUUCUUAAUCAUGCCCAUAAAAGUAUAAGUAAUACUUUUUAUAUUUGUUUUUUUUAACUAAAUUAAACGUAGUAUAUAAACAUAGAACAUAGUUUGUAAUCAAAGUAAAUGAGCAGGAUAAAUUAGAAAAUUAUGCUCAAAUUAAAUUUUGGUUUAUGUGAUAUUUCAGAUAUUAACAAGCAUAAUGUAUUGCUUUGGUUUUUAUAAAGUUGUAUAUUUUUUUUGCAAAAAUAUCAAAAUAUAAGUUAAGUUUAAUAUAAUAAAUAUGGUAAUAGACCUUUCUGUAAGUACACAAAACAACAUAUUAAGUUAGAAUCCAAAUGUAUUUGAGGCAAUAUACAUAAAUAUUGGUGUAUCUAGCUUAUAACCUAAAUAUGUGGUGGCAUUUGAAUCCUUUAUUCCAUUGACAGUUUCCAACAGUACUUUUUAUUCACAGGCUCUUUCCAUUUAAUAAUGUAACCUUAAAAAAAGAACAGUAGUAUUCUAUAUUAUUAAAAUUAUAAUGUAAACACAUAUAUUAUAAUAAAUAUAAUAACAUGUGAA